AUGUUGUUUUACCUUACAACAAAAAAAUUAGCUUCUGUCUGCACAUCUGUUAAACCAUAUGCCUCUGACAAUCCCACUCUUGAACUAACUUGGGCCUUGCAGACAUGGACUGAAAAUGAUUUCUUGUGCAAGAACUAUAUUUUGAAUGGUUUAUCUGAUGAUCUUUAUGAUUAUUAUUCUUCUUAUGAUAUUGCUAAAGAUUUGUGGGAUGCACUUCAAAAAAAAUAUGACACAGAAGAAGCUGGUGCAAAGAAAUUUGCUGUCAGUCGCUAUUUGAAGUUUCAAAUGGUGGAUGAAAAAUCAGAAGAAGCACAAUCUCAUGAACUACAGAAAAUUGCACAUGAAAUUAUUAUUGAAGGCAUGAAUCUAGAUGAACAAUUUCAGGUGGCUGUUAUCAUUGACAAGCUGCCUCCCAGCUGGAAAAAUUUCAAGAAUGCUCUGCGUCACAAGACCAAAGAAUUUUCCUUGGAAAGCUUGAUCACUCGUCUGCGUAUUGAGGAGGAGGCCAGGAAACAUGACAUGAAAGAAGAAGUUUUGCUCGUCUCCAACAACAAGAAAAAUCACAACUCCAACAAGAAUCGAACCCCAGCUGCUCUGAAGACAAAUGGCAAGAAUAUGAAAAAUCAAAACAGGAACCGCAACAACAACAACCAGAAUCGAAAUGGGACACACAGCCAAAGUCAGAAUCCUCAACACCAUCAUAAUCGGAACCUUCAUCAGAAUCAUAUUAGGAGUCAACCCCCCUCACAUGAUGAUGAUUCGAGACAAUUUCUAUGUUAUAACUGUCACAAGCUAGGGCACCUUGCCCGGAACUGUAGGAAUAGGUAUCCCCCUGCUCCUCAAAUGAAUAUAACUGAAGAGCAACUUAUUGCUAUGAUUUCAGAAAUCAACAUGGUCGAUGGAUUAGAGGGGUGGUGGGUAGACACUGGCGCUUCUCGACAUGUUUGCUAUGAUCGUGCCUUUUUCAAGACCUAUUCUGUGACUGAUGACAGGAAAGUGUUGUUGGGUGAUUCUCACACAACAAUUGUUGCUGGAACUGGAGAAAUAGAAUUAAAGUUUACUUCGGGAAAGAUUGUCAUCCUCAAAGACAUUCUACACACUCCAGAAAUAAGGAAGAAUCUGGUCUCAGGCUAUCUUCUCAACAAGGCUAGAUUUACUCAAACAAUUGGAGCAGACUUGUAUACACUUACACAAAAUGGUAUGUUUGUUGGUAAGGGCUAUGCUACUGAUGGAAUGUUCAAAUUGAAUGCUGAUGCUAAUAAAAGUUCUUCUUCUGCUUAUAUGUUGUGUUCUUUCAAUACUUGGCAUGCUAGACUUUGUCACGUUAGCAAAGGCUUGUUAAAAAUAUGA